CCCGCCUCGCCCCCCGCCGCGGCGGCCGCUCUCCCGCGGGGCUGGCACCGGUCAAUGUUUAACCGGAGCGGUGGUGCUGGUUGUGCGGGGCAGCCCGCGCUGGCCGGCGGGAGCUGCGGCCGGGAGCGGCCGGACACCCCGAGCGAGGGGCGAAUGGAGCCGGCGGGGGAGCGGGGCUGGGAGCCCCGGCCGGGAACACGGCCCAAAACGAUCCCACGGGGCCAGGAGAAACUGAGCCCCGGAGAGGAGCAGGGGGAUCCCGCAGUGAGCAAAGAGACGCGCCUGAGAGUGGUGCUGAGGGUCAGGCCACUGACCUGCUCAGAGACGCGGCGAGGGGACCAGCGGGUUGUGCACAGCCUCGGCGGUGGCACCGUCCAUGUGAGUGCAGCCCGGCAAGAUGCCACCUUCGGGUUCAGCGCCGUGUUCGACGCCGGCGCCUCGCAGGAGGCUGUGUUUGAAGGCAGCGGGAUGAGGCAGCUGGUGGAGCUGGCCAUAGACGGCUUCUCCUGCACCGUCUUUGCCUUCGGGCAGACGGGCUCGGGGAAGACCUACACCCUGAUGGGCCCCCUCGCACAGAGCGAGACCCACCCGGCACCCCCGGCUCUGCUGGGGCUGAUGCAGAGGUCCUUCGCCUGCCUCCUGGAGCAGAGCCGGAGCCGUGGCUCUGACCUGGCUCUCAGUGCCUCCUACCUGGAGAUAUACAACGAGCAGGUAAGUGCCUGCCCGGCCACCAGCCCGGCCCCGCUGCCACCCCGUGUCCCCAGCGCCUUCCCCUCUGCUGUUGCCUCUCCCCAGGUCCGGGACCUGCUGAGCCCAGGGCCCCCCUGCACCCUGCCCCUGCGGUGGAGCAAAACCCGUGGUUUCUAUGUGGAGAACCAGCUCAGCGUGGACUUCGACAGCCUGGAGGCCAUCGCCAGCCUGCUCCUGCAAGGAUCCCAGAGGAGAAAGACCUCGGCACAUGCCCUCAACAGGCACUCGAGCCGCAGCCACGCUCUUCUGACCAUCCACAUCCGCAGUGCCAGCGCCUGCCCCAGCAGGCAGGGCACCCUGUGCUUCGUGGACCUGGCCGGCAGUGAGCGGGUGAAGGAGACAGGCUCCAGCGGGGAGCUCUCCAUGGAGGCCAACAGCAUCAACCGCAGCCUCUUGGCACUGGGACACUGCAUCUCCAUGUUGGCCAAACCCCGUGGGAAGCGGACGCACAUUCCCUACCGGGACAGCAAACUCACCCGGCUGCUGGCUCGAUCCCUGGGCGGCUCCGGUGUCACCCUGAUGGUCGCCUGCAUCUCCCCGUCCUCACGCUGCCUCUCAGAGACCCUGAGCACCCUGCACUACGCCAGCCGGGCACGGAGGGUGACCACCAGGCCCCUGGCCAACAGGGUAUCCCGGGAGAAGCUGCUGCAGAGCUUGGAGGAGGAAAUCCAUGCCCUGCAACUGGAAAACCUCUCCCUGCGCCAGCAGCUGGGCCUGCCCAGGGUGCCCGUGAGGAACACAGAGGUCCCAGGGACCCCAGUGAGGAUGGGGGGCUGGGGAGGCAGGUCUGGCCUCGCAGGUCUGCAUCAGUCCCCUCUGGAAGGGCAGCUCCCAUCAGAGGGAGCCCCAGCCUGGCCCAGCCUCUACGGCCUCCUGAGGGAUUUUGUGGUGGAGAAUGAGCAGCUGAGGCAGCCCCGGCUGUCUCCAGACCCCAGUGGUGACGUCCCGUCCCGCAGAGCCCCCCACAGCUCCUGUGACACCCAGCUCCUGCUCCGGAGCACCUGCACCCCUCAUGUCCCCCCCGGCCACCCCAUGAGGCCCCGGCUGCCGAAGCUGCCUCCUGCCUCCAGCUGCCCCCAGUGCUGCCCUGGGCCAGUUGAUGCCCUCCUGCCCCAGGCACUGCCAGGGCCCCCCGUGCUGCAGCCAGUGCCCCCAGAGGGAAGCACCAGUGUUCUGCCACCCAGCCAGGAGGACACAGCUCUGUCCGGCUCCCAUCAGCUUCCUGGGAAUCCCCAGCCGCCCCGGGGGAAGCGGAGCCGGGGAAGGAGCAGGAGCUUUUCCCAUCGGCAUCCACUGCCCCGGGAGCUGCCAGGCCCCAAGCGCUGCCCCAGCCCCGAGGGAAGGGUCAUCCCUUCAGCACCACCAUGGCCGGGAUUGCCAGAGCCCAGAGCUGCCGGCACCGUCCCUCUCCUCCAGCUGGAAGAGGCACUGGACUGGCUGGUGGAGCAGAUCUGAGCAGCACAGACACAGACAGGGCCGGCAGCGGGGACGUGCCACAGCCCACGGGCCGUUAUUAUACCUGGGGGGACCACCACAGCCCUCGGGGACAAGGACCGUGCAGACCAUGGGAUGAAUGGAUGGAUGGAUGGAUGGAUGACAGACAGAGCUCUCCAGCCUGCACGGCACUCAGUUUAUUUGUCUAGCUAGGGGCUGUGCUGCUGGUGGCUCUGGUGCAGCCCGCUCAGGUGCUCUCCUCCCCGGGCUGCGGGCAGUCCAGCCAGUACUGGGCGAUGGAGCGGGGGUAGCGGGGCUGCACCAGGUCCACGCGCUUGGUGCGCAGGUUGACACGGUAGUACUUGUCUGGGAGGAAGGGGAGAUGGCAGUCAGGGCGCUCUGCCAGCCCUGGGCACCUUCCCUCUGCAUCCCAGAACUCAGGGAUGUGGCAGAGCAAGGGAGACCUCCCCCUUGCCCCAGCAUCCCUGGAUCUCUUGCUGCCCCAGACUCACCUCCUACAAAGAAGUAGACGCUCUGGAGGGUCUCACACUUGGAGCCCGACAGCCAGUCGCUCUCAAUCCCCGCGGAGUCGGAGUCGUUUUGCAGCAAGCUCCAGAUGCCCAGAUUCAGUGAGCGGUGGCUCUUGUACCUCUUGCGCUGACGGCGAGACUUCCUCCUGCGGGGCUGCUGCGAGGCCACGUAGAUCCUGCCGGCCAUGGCAGCGUCCAGCCGGCCUGGCACCCCCCGCCAGUCCCUGCUGAUGUACCGCGGGCUGCUCGCCCCGACUGCAAGAGAGCCACAGGGCAAGUGAGAGCAGCAGCAUCACGGGGAGCUGAGCCCAGACCCACAGGGAUGCUCCUAAAGAUCCCAGCCUGGAUGGGAUCAUGAUCAGACACAGGACAGGCAGAGCUGGGAGCAGCCCCUAAACCCCAAACAUGGCUGGGAUCAGCCCUGUGCUGCUGAGCCCCUUUCUCCUCCUUCCCAUCUUUCAUUUCUCUUGCCCAGGGCUGAGGUUUUCCUAUGGCAUCUCCAGCUCCAGUGGGAAUAAACAGACCCCAGCAGUGACA